AGGAUGUCUCACCGGGCGGCCAGCGCCUGGAUCAGCCCGUGACUGUUACAGCGGCGGGCCUCAGACCCCAGCGCAGACUCGGACUUUGUUUUUGGGGGCCGGUGUUCUGCCCUCCCCGGUUUCUGGCAGGACCCAGAGGAGCCGGCGUGCCUCUCUGCCCUCCAGCCUUCUUCACCAUGUCCAAGAUGCCGGCCAAGAAAAAGAGCUGCUUCCAGAUCACCAGUGUCACCACGGCCCAGGUGGCCACUAGCAUCACCGAGGACACCGAGAGCUUGGACGACCCGGACGAGUCACGCACAGAGGACGUCUCCUCCGAGAUUUUCGACGUCUCUCGGGCCACGGAUUAUGGCCCUGAGGAGGUCUGCGAGCGCAGCUCCUCCGAAGAGACACUUAACAAUGUUGGGGAUGCGGAGACCCCCGGGACCGUCUCCCCAAACCUCCUUCUGGAUGGGCAGCUGGCAGCGGCGGGGGCUGCUCCCGCCAACGGAGGAGGAGUCGUUUCUACCCGGAGCGUAGCUGGGGCGCUUGCCAGUACCCUGGCGGCGGCCGCCACUUCGUCCCCCGCCUCCGUAGCACCCGGUGGCCCCCAGGUCGCGGGCUCAUCCGCCGGACCAGUGACUGCAACCCCAUCUCAGCCUCCCACCACUUGUAGUUCCCGUUUUCGUGUAAUCAAGCUGGACCACGGGAGCGGAGAGCCCUAUCGACGCGGCCGAUGGACGUGUAUGGAAUACUAUGAGAGGGAUUCAGACAGCAGCGUCCUGACUAGAUCCGGGGAUUGCAUUAGACACAGCAAUACUUUUGACCAGACUGCAGAGCGGGACAGCGGCCUGGGAGCCACCGGAGGGUCGGUGGUGGUAGUGGUGGCUUCCAUGCAGGGGGCGCACGGGCCCGACUCGGGAACUGACAGCUCCUUGACUGCUGUGUCACAGCUACCCCCGUCGGAGAAAAUGAGCCAGCCCACUCUGGCCCAGCCGCAGAGUUUUAGCGUUGGGCAGCCACAGCCGCCGCCGCCGCCGCCCGUAGGUGGGGCUGUGGCUCAGAGCUCGGCUCCGCUGCCGCCGUUCCCGGGAGCCGCGACCGGGCCACAGCCGAUGAUGGCAGCCUCGCAGCCAAGCCAGCUCCAGGGAACGGUGCCCGGAGGACAGAGUUUGCAGCCGACGAAUGUAACCCUGACGCAGCCGGCUAUGCCCCUGCCUACGCAGCCGGCUAUGCCCCUUCCUCCGCAGCCGGGCCCGGCUGUCGGCACUUCUGCGACGCCGCAGCCCCAGCAAUUCGCGUAUCCUCAGCCUCAGAUACCGCCCGGACAUUUGCUGCCCGUCCAGCCCUCCGGCCAGAGUGAGUACCUACAGCAGCACGUGGCCGGCCUGCAACCUCCAAGCCCCGCGCAGCCCUCGUCCACCGGCGCCGGAGCGAGCCCAGCCACGGCAGCCAGCCUUCCCGUGGGCACCGGCCAGAACGCCUCUUCGGUGGGCACGCAGCUCCUGGGCGCGUCUUCCCAGCCCAACGAAGCGGUGGCCUCCCGGCCGGGACCAACGCAGGGCGGACAGGCCGCGCCGUGUCAGCCGGCUGGAGUGGCCCCGGCUGCUGUGGGAGGCGUGGUGCAGGCGGGCAUGGGUUCUGCCGGGGCUGGGCAGCCCCAGUCCGUGCCUCCGCCGCAGAUGGGUGGCAGUGGUCCGCUGUCAGCCGUACCUGGUGGCCCUCACGCCGUGGUGCCCGGAGUUCCAAACGUGCCUGCAGCGGUGCCCGCUCCAAGCGUGCCUAGUGUGUCUACCACUUCUGUUACUAUGCCAAAUGUACCCGCGCCUCUGGCCCAGUCGCAACAGAUGAGCAGCCAUACUUCAGUCAGCAGGAGCAGCAGCAUAAUCCAGCACGUUGGGCCGCCCUUAGCGCAAGGAACACACAGUGCACCAACAAGUCUACCACAGUCUGACCUAAGCCAGUUUCAGACUCAGACCCAGCCUUUAGUCGGGCAAGUCGACGAUACUAGAAGAAAAUCAGAACCCCUACCUCAACCACCACUUUCUCUCAUUGCUGAAAAUAAGCCUGUUGUGAAGCCGCCUGUUGCAGAUGCCCUGACAAACCCCCUUCAGUUAACACCUAUGAACAGUCUGGCCACCUCUGUAUUCAGCAUAGCUAUUCCUGUUGAUGGUGAUGAAGACAGGAAUCCUUCAACUGCUUUCUACCAAGCGUUCCAUUUGAACACGUUUCAGGAAUCAAAGAGCCUCUGGGAUAGUGCAUCUGGGGGAGGUGUUGUAGCCAUUGACAACAAAAUAGAACAAGCAAUGGAUCUGGUGAAAAGCCAUUUGAUGUAUGCAGUAAGAGAAGAAGUGGAAGUUUUAAAGGAACAAAUAAAAGAAUUAGUUGAAAGAAACUCUUUACUUGAACGAGAAAAUGCACUGUUAAAAUCUCUUUCAAACAAUGAUCAAUUAUCCCAACUCCCAACCCAACAGGCCAAUCCUGGUAGCACUUCUCAACAGCAAGCAGUGAUAGCACAGCCUCCGCAGCCAACGCAACCUCCACAGCAGCCGAAUGUCUCCUCAGCAUAAAGCUUUCUUAAGCCUCAUUAAGAAAAAACUGAAAGCAAUCUAUCCUUGUGUGCCACUGGUGUUCUUUCCACUUUAUACGAAAGCAAGUAGCCAUGCUUUGGUUGUGUGUUUGGCCUUUUCAGUAUUAGACAAUCAUUCUACAAGAGCUUUUCCUCUCUCUGAGAUGUCAUGCAGCGCUGUUGAUGUCCAGUUCUAUGUCAUCAGUACACAAGGAGAAUAAUAGAUGGGGUUUAUUAAAGCGAGCAAAGUCUGCAUUUUACCUGGUGCGCAUGAGUGGGGUCUUUAAGAGUUUUUGGUGGCUCUCCCAUGUUUCCUAUUACCCAUGGAUUUACCCUGAGCCUUCCUAUCACAUUAUAAAUAACAGUUCAUCUAAAGAGCCACUUUUCUUUCAAUAUCAGUAACAUUUGCCUACAUAGGUUUUCAUUUAUUUGUGUUUUAUUUAUUACAGGGCUGCUAUUUUCAUAAUGUACAUGAACAAUGUCACAGAACUUUUUUAAUUUUUUUGAAUAUAAGUAUCAGUAAAGGAAGUGAAAGACAGGAUUGCAUUUAAUAGAUAAAACGUUUAGGCAAUAAUUGAACAAAAGAAUCCUGGCAUAUUUCUAACACUAAUGGCAAUUUACUUUUGGUAUUUAUUUUCGGUAGUAAAGACCCAGCUUGAAUGUAAAUUUUGUAUAGUGUAAGUAUGAAGAACAUUAGUGCAACUGUACAGGUAGUCACCAGUUAUUGUGAUAUAAUAAAUAAUUGGGCUAUUUUGAUGAAGAAAACUUUGUUCAUUUGUUUCUACUUUCUAAGAGAGAAAUUGCCACAAUUCCUCUGCUUUUCAACAUUUCGUAUGACUUUUUUUUUCGGGUGGGAAUAAAAAGCUGUGAAAUUGUUCAACCUACUUUGUAACCAAAGAAGCAAAGCUGUGUAAUGGAGUUUGGUUUUUUUUUUUUUUAUAAUGCACAUUCUUUAUGUAUUUUUAUUUAGUGUUUUCUCAGUCACAAUUUUCUUUGCUGUCUAGCAUGAUCUGCAUGACCUAUAUAAUCUUUGAACCACUUUCGUACCUCAUGUUUUUAUCCAGCACUCUUAUUGUAAUAUGUACUAGUCUGUGAACAAUGUCAAAUAAAAGAGAACGAACAGGUAGUUUGGUGGAGCUGAGCUAGUGUACAAUACACUAGUUGUAAAAAAAAAAAAAAGUGAGCCAUCUUUUGUUCAUUUAAAAUGGUGUUUUGAAUUUCGUAUGCAGAAAACGUUUUGUUACAUUGCAGAUUUUAAUGUAUUUAAUAAAUGGAACAUGCAGAUUAAGUGCAGUGUAUACUGAGUAUUUAAAUUAAAAUGUACAUUUCAUAAAUACAGUUUCAAAAGAAAGCAUCAUUUUGUGUAUACUAACACAUUAAGUAUAUGUCAGAAAUUGAUGUAUAAAUAUAUAUUUUAACACAUUUUCUGAAAUUAAACUGCAGUUUUGUUGAAA